GCGAAGCCGUAUGCGCUGCCGGACGCCGGCGUGUUUCACUGUCCUGCCAGCCGUGAGAAGCGGGACGUCAUCCAGGUAUCCAAGAAAUACCUCCCAGGGAUGGCAGUGGGGUAUUCCAGCGCUAAGCUGACCUUGCAUGUGGGAGAUGGGUUUGAGUUCAUGAAACAAAAUCAAGAAGCUUUUGACGUGAUUAUCACGGACUCAUCUGACCCCAUGGGUCCUGCAGAAAGCUUAUUUAAAGAAUCUUACUACCAGCUGAUGAAGACAGCCCUGCGAGAAGACGGGAUCCUUUGCUGCCAAGGUGAGUGCCAGUGGCUGCACCUGGAUCUCAUUAAGGAGAUGCGUCAGUUCUGCAAGUCUCUGUUCCCUGUUGUGGAAUACGCCUAUUGCACCAUCCCCACAUAUCCCAGCGGGCAGAUUGGCUUCAUGCUCUGCAGCAAGAACCCAAACACGAAUUUCCGGGAGCCUGUGCAGCAGCUCUCACAGCAGCAGGUAGAGGAGAGGAGUCUGAAAUACUACAACUCUGACAUUCAUCGGGCAGCUUUCAUUCUGCCAGAGUUUGCACGGAAGGCCCUGAGUGACGUGUGAGACCGAGAAGCUGCUUCCUUCCUUCGAGUUGGAUCCUGAGAUCGGCAGUGAUGUGGUGGGGACCUUCCCAGCAGGCUGCAGAUUGGCUCUCCACUGUGUGGGAUUGGUUAACCCUUUGCCAGCCAACAUUCCCUUUGAUGAUGUGUUAAAGAUGAUGGGGCAUAAGCCAGACAAGACUAUUGAAAAGGUCCAGUGACUUAUUGCGUGAGGUCAAAACUGUUCUUUCCAGUGCUGGAAACGUGAGAUGUCUCGUUCCUUUCUCUCUUCCCUCCACCCAUUUGGAAUUGUCCCUUCCCUGUGCCCCCCUCUCCCCCACAACUGACAUGAUGUAUUUAUAACUGACACGUAUUUCUGUCCGGUGAUCCUCUGAAACCUGGGAAGAGUCCAGAAGGGUCCCUGACUCGGCCUUAAGCACAGAGAGCGAGAGCUUUGGGCGCAAAGUUAGCUUGCUCUCUCCUAACAGGAGUUCCCUGCUGCUGCGACGUUUUGACUGGUAACGGGUCUGAGCCUUCCCGUCCCCCUG